AUGUGGCGCACAGAACCGUGCUUGAGGUUCGCCUCCACCAUGGCUCCCUUCUUUGUCUUCUUCAUCUCUGCAGUGGCAGCGGUAGCGACAACAGGUCCUGUGACACAACGUUGUCCACCGUCCUUCAACCUCGUUCGACAUGGGCAAUCCAUUAGCGCAUCGGAGAGUCAUUACAUCGAACAACGAAGGGAGAAGGUUCUACCGGGUGCUUUCAAGACUUACCUGGACAAUGUCAAAAGGACGGGAGUCGCGUUGCCGAAAUACGUUGAGCACAUCCUCAAAACCAAAAGCCAACUACCCACCAUCGGCAUCUCUAUUAGCGGAGGAGGUUAUCGCGCUGCCAUCUUUGGUGCGGGCGUUCUCAAUGCCUUUGAUUCGAGGAAUUCUUCGUCUGUGAAGAAGGGUACUGGCGGAUUAUUGCAGGCUGCGACGCAUUUGGCUGGCCUCAGUGGAGGCUCAUGGCUGGUAACUUCGCUCGCGCAAGCCAAUUUCCCCACGAUCCAACAUCUUGUUUUUGGGGAUGGUCAACAGUUUGGUGGUUGGCUUCCCGAAUUCAAUGUAUGGGUCCCAACUGGCGAUCCUGUUCAACAAGCUGUGUUUUCCCAACAGCUCUUUCAAGAAAUUGCAGCUAAAGCGAAGCAUUUUCCUGUCUCUGUGGGCGACGUUUGGGGACGUGCUCUGGCUCGCCAUUUUUCCAACGGGACUUCUUUCACGGACUUCCUUGCUAACACAACACAUGGUUCAGGGAUUCUAUUCUCCGAUCUCAUUCGGCUUCCUUCCUUUGCAUCGCACCAACAGCCACUUCCUCUUAUGGUCUUCAAUCUCGAUUCCAAACACAUCAAUGGCAGCAUUUUCCCGGGUGGUAACUUCAUACCUCUGAACUCUCCAAUGUUCGAGGCCAACUUGUUCGAAUUCGGGUCUUAUGAUGAAGUCCUUGCUGCACAUACGCCGCUCAAGUAUCUCGGGACAACGAACCGCUCACUCUGCGUCACUGGUUUUGACGAAGCUAUGUUUCUCUCCGGAGCAUCCUCUAAUUUAUGGAACGAGGUCAACAUCACAGCGGAAAUACUUGCGGCCAACACCGCGAACUUCUCAAUCCUUGUCAAUCAGACUUUCCCUCAAUCACCCAAUCUUCGACUCGACACAAGCAAUUUUCCCAACCCAUUCCAUAAUAUUGCGCCGAAAACGUUCGCAGACUCGGGCGAAACGAUACUCGCUUUAUGUGAUGGUGGAUUAGAUGGGCAGGUAACCCCAUAUCAGCCGAUGCUUGUCAAAGAUCGCAAGGUGGAUGUUGUCAUUGGUGUCGACUCUUCUAACGACGCCAAUGGUUAUGCUUUCGGAGCCUCUCUUAUCGCAACUCAAACUCGCAUGAAAAUAUUCCCGCGUGGUCUAGCAACAUUCCCCUCUGUACCUUCUUCGGUCGACGUGCUCACGACGGAGAAGCUUGCUACUCGUCCCACUUUCUUUGGUUGCACGCCGUCAAAACCGUCGCAUCGAACGCCGACAGGUCCAAUCCUUGUCUACCUGGCCAAUGGCGCUCCGCCUAGAGAUGGCUCACCACCACUCACAAAUACGAGCACAUUCCAGCCAACAUAUACUGCUGAUGAGGUGCAGGGAAUGUUGGCUCAGACGCUGACGAUAACGACACAAGGGGCUCCAGUUGGCAACUCGUUAGAGGACCCGGAAUGGCCUGCAUGUCUGGCUUGUGCUGUCGUUGAUAGAGCAAGAGAACGUGAGGGCGUGAAGCGGGACGGGAUCUGUGAAACAUGUUUUGCGCGAUACUGCUGGCGGGGAGAGUGA